CAAAAAAAGUUACACGUUGUGUUAAAUACAAAGGUUAAAAAGUAGGACAUUAUUAUUUACACAGCCACAGAACAUUCAAUAUGACUUCGAAAACCUUGAGUAUCUUUAGAAUACAUAUUUGCUAUUCAUUAUGGAAGAACAGGCACACACAGAUAACAAACCAUGCAUUCACAUGGUUAAAGACCUGGCAUACUCUGCCUCAAGUUCUGGCCUGUCAGAGGUUCUACUCGUCUGACAACGGGGCCGGCAACGCCGCGAUGUUGGCCGAUGAACUCCAGUUUCUACAGACUUUCUACACAUCCGAUGUUCACGGGGUAUUAUCCAUUGAGAAGGGUUGUAGGCGGUUCUGUGACUUGUACCGAUCCAUGGACACGUCUAGCAGGCUUUCCCUGCUGUGUCACAUCGGAGAGAGCUACGGAGUGGAUCAGAGAGCCAUCGUGGACGUGGCGCAGAAGGUUAUAGACAGCCAGGCCCGUGGCGAGGUUCUUAUGUUGCGUACAUUAGAGCGACUGAGGCGGGCCCUGACACCUCGCUACCAGCUUCUACUCGGAGACAUCGGACGUCUAGAGGGCGGCGUAAAGUUUCUUGCCGACAUGCGCGCGGAUAUAUUGAAUAUGUUAAGCACGACCUCCAGCGACCUUGACCGGGCGCACCUGGAGGCACUGCAGUCGUGCCUGAGGGAGCUCCUGUCGCUCUGGUUCACCAUGGGUUUCCUACAGCUCGAGAGGGCCACGUGGCACUCGUCAUGUGACAUGCUGCAGAAGAUAUCCGAGUACGAGGUCGUACAUCCGGUUCGCCACUGGGCGGACAUGAAGCGCCGCGUGGGGCCGUACCGCCGCUGCUACGUGUUCACUCACAACAGCAUGCCUCGGGAGCCCAUAGUGGUGCUGCACUGUGCCCUCACCAAGGACAUUGCAUCGUCCAUACACUCAAUUCUUGACAUGCGUGGGUAUUCUGAGAAGACCGAAAUGGAUCUGACUCCGCCUAUGGAAGAAGUAGAAAAGGCAGAACACAUCACCACAGCCAUGUUCUACUCGGUGACCUCCACACAGAAAGGUCUUCAAGGCGUGGACUUAGGGAAUUAUUUGAUCAAGCGGGCUGCCGUGGAGCUCCAGAAGGAGUGGCCUCAGAUAACCCAGUUCUCCAGCAUCUCGCCCAUCCCGGGCUUCCGGGACUGGUUGACGGGUGAGAUCAACAGGCAGUGUGGAGCACUCAAAGAUUGCAGUUUAAAAGAAGAGCAGUAUCUUAUCACUCAAAACGAAAUCAGCUCUUUAUGUACCACCGAUAGUAUCAAGCCAGAAGCCUUAAUGGCACUUGAACGCCUCAAAGAUCACGUGAUUAAUGUCACAUGGACACGUGACCAAGACAUCGUUACGGCGGUGAAACCAAUACUGAUGAGGUUGUGUGCCCGAUACUUGUACAGGGAGAAACGCAGAGGUUAUGCAUUGAAUACAGUGGCAAACUUCCAUUUACAAAACGGGGCGGUUCUAUGGCGUCUAAACUGGGCUGCGGAUAACAGUUCUCGAGGCUUGAGUAGCUCCUGUGGACUUAUGGUUAACUAUAGGUACUUUCUGCAGGACACUGUAACUUAUAGCCAGGAAUACAUCGAGCAUAAACAAAUCAGAGCAUCUCAGCAAAUAAAAGAGUUGUGUUAAGGUUUACAUUGCUGAAAAGCGUGGACAAUAUGUAUUUACUGAAAAUAUAACGAUUAGUUAAUAAUCUGUGUGUUAUAUAUCUCACUCCAACAUUUUAAUCGGUUUGAAAACCAUUUUAGAUAUAUGAAUAAAGUUUUAUUUAUAUGUUUGAAAGUAAAAUUAUGAAAAUGUGUUGAAAUGAUGUCAAGAAUGUUUGUGACCGGCAUUUGUUUUAAUUUUGAUAUACUCGUCAAUGUUCUGAAAGAAAAUUGUCUAAACUGGA